AUGGACUUUAACGUGAAAAAACUGGCCUGUGGGGCUGGUUUGUUCUUCACACGAGCUGUCCAGUACACAGAGGAGAAGCUGGGCCAGGCGGAGAGGACCGAGCUGGAUGCCCACUUUGAAAACCUGAUGAGCCGCGCCGACAGCACCAAAAACUGGACCGAGAAGAUCUACAGACAGACCGAGGUCCUGCUCCAACCCAACCCGAGUGCCAGGAUUGAGGAGUUUCUGUAUGAGAAGUUGGACAGAAAGGUUCCGUGCAGAGUCACCAACUCGGAGCUGCUGGGUCAGUACAUGGAGGACGCGGCCCGAGAGUUUGGAGCUGGUAGUCCUUAUGGCAGCACGCUGAUCAUGGUUGGAGACUGCGAAAGGCGUCUGGGAGCUGCGGAGCGAGACUUUCUCCAAACAGCAGCCAUUAGUUUUUUGAAUCCACUCCGAAACUUCCUGGAGGGCGACUGGAGAACCAUCUCGAAAGAACGACGACUCAUGGAAAAUCUGCGUCUAGACUUGGAUUCCUGUAAAGCCCGUUUGAAAAAAGCCAAACUUGCAGAAGCCAAAGCUACGACGCCAGAUUUCCAGGAGACGAGACCACGCAACUACGUCCUCUCUGCCAGCGCCUCUGCGUUAUGGACUGAAGAAGUGGCAAAAGCUGAGCAGGAGCUGAGAGUGGCCCAGACAGAGUUCGACCGUCAGGCUGAAGUGACACGGCUGCUGUUGGAGGGAAUCAGCAGCACACAUGUAAAUCACUUGCGCUGUCUGAACGAGUUUGUGGAGGCGCAGGCCGUGUACUAUAAGCAGUGUCACCUGCACAUGCAAGAACUCCAGAAGGAACUGGGGAAUGAAGACGGACUUCCCAACGCCUUCGCCCUGAACUCCCUUCACUCUGUGGGGGCUGAGGGCUCCGCUGAAGAGGACAAGACGCCUGUCGAAGCCGAGACUCUGAAGAUCGAGGAAGUCCAGGCUCCGGCCACGGGAACCCGCAAGGCCAAAGUUCUGUACGACUACGACGCAGCAGACUCCAGUGAGAUGUCGCUGCUGGCUGAUGAGGUGCGUUCACAGACAGCAACAGAAGAAUAA